CCGCGUCCACUGUUAUUUCCGUAUCCGGGCUUCAUGUUCGAGGCUUUUUGUUGUAGGUUUAUUGUGCCAGUCAGUUGGAAAACCCUCCGAAAUGACCAAAUUUGUGGACUGUUUCUGGGGCACCGAGUUCACUAGCACUGCAGGCUUUGAUGCUUUGUCUAAACGUAUGCGAGAUGGCAAACAGACCUGCCAGGAGAUGGAGGAGUUUGUAAAACAGAGAGCUGACAUUGAAGAAAAGUAUGGAAAGAGUUUGAUGCGACUUGCCAAAACAUCAGAAGCAAAGGAUGAAAUUGGAACACUGAAGAGCUCGUGGGACUCCUUGAGAAAUGAAACUGAGAAUAUUGGUAAGGCACAUGUUGCCCUGGCUCAGCAGUUGCUUGAUUCAUUGGAGAAAGGUCUUCAGGAAUUCAGAGAAAACCAAAAGGAGACAAGAAAGAAAUUAGAAGAUUCUGUGAAAAGAUCACAAAGGAACAAGAAGACCUGUUAUGAAAAUCUCCAUAAGUUAAAGCGGACAUACGAGCAAAAAUGCCGUGAGAAGGAAGCAGCCGAUGAUGCUCUGAAGAAAUCCGUAUCCAUGGCCGCCAAGGAUGAGGAAAAGUUAAGAUCGAAACUUGGGAAGUGUAAGACAGCUGUCGAGCAAGCAGAUUCUGCAUACCAAACAUCGGUUCGUGUGCUGGAUGACACCAGAGUGGUUUGGGAGAGGGAGAUGGCCACUUGCUGUAAUGUUUUCCAAAAUCUCGAAGAGGAGCGUAUCGCAUUUCUGCGUAACUGGAUGUGGCUCUAUGCCAACCUUGGCUCCAUCAACUGCGUCAAAGUCGAUGAGAUGUACGAGGUGGUUCGUCAGUCCUUGGAGGGUUGUAACGUGGACCAAGACAUUAAGCUGUUUAUCAGUAUGAGGCAGACUGGAUCAGAACGACCAAGUCACAUCGACUACGAAAACUAUUACAUGGUCCAAUCCUCGCAAAAAACCAGUCCCUUAUCUGGAGGUUCGGUUAACAUUGGUGGUCCCAUCCCCGGUAGCCUGACGCACUCCAGGGAUAUGGUGCAAGUGGGACGUCCUGGCGGAAGACUACCUGCCGCCCUUCCAGCUGUUCCUACGGAGGAAAACGCCGAUCUGUACACGACAGUGAACGAGGUCUUACCGCCGCAAAAACCAACGGCCCGAGUCCCGGCGCGGCCAAAGGAGAGGUACUUUCGCGCGCUUUACGAGUACGAAGCACAGGGUGACCAAGAAUUAUCAUUUAAAGCUAGCGAUAUAAUCCGGUUUUUGUACGAAGAAGACGACACGUGGUGUUGUGGGGAACUCAAUGGAAAGAAAGGAAUGUUCCCAAAAGAGUUCGUUGAUUGGAACACGUGAUAAUUCCGAAAAAUUGGGAUGAAAAUGUUGCAUUGGUUGCUGGAUGUUUAGGCUGGAUAAACUUACGGCAUAGCUCGCUUCAAACGACAAAUUUGAAGCGGGAUCCCUGUGCUUUUUGCUAAGGCGCAAGGAAAUAUGUGUUACCACAGGAAGCCCCUUUAAACAUCGCUGAGGGAAACUAUGUGAUAGAACUUUUGACAGUGCAGCAAGCUAUGGCGGCAUCAUGUUAUAUCUUGAAAAUUGUACAAAUUGCGAGGAAUUAUAAAAUUAGAAAAGUUUGUAUCUUUGAGUUGCUGUUCUGUAUUUACAAAUGAAUAGAAUCAUUAGAUAGAAUAAUUGUCGAAAGGCUGUCAUAAAUGAAAUAUAAUUUUGUGAAUAUAGGCUGUGCAGUAAAUGUACGUAAUCUUUUUUUUUAAUAUAAAAAAUGUACAGUAUAUGUCUUGAUCCUGAAUAGUAUCUUCUUUUGUGGUUGUAAGCUGUAAGUGUUAGAGCAAGAAACCAUAAAAAUGUGCUAUUAAUCUCAUGUAAGCCUCUUCGCGUUUUGAUAAUGAACAAGGACGCUAGCACUUUGUUAAUUCUAUAAUAAUUUUAUAUCUAAUAAUCAGGUUUAACCAGUCUCCCUUCAAGUAAAACUCCAUGGGUGUGUGAGGUUUCUUCCAAGAACUAAUCAGAUGAACGAUUAACUUAAUGGUUCGAAUAAAUCUUGUAAUUAUACCCAGUAAUUGUUGCAAGAACAUUGUGGCGAAUAUUAUACAUAAGAUAAACUCCAACUUAUAUAUAAAAUAAGAACUGCAAAAGAAAAGUUGAAGGAUUUAUAGUGGACAUUCACCGCCUCUAACUAAAAACGGCAAUUAGUCAAAACCAACUAUCUAUCAAUAUUACGAAUUGUUUAUAACAUGAAAAAAUUCAAACAAGAAAAUAAAAGUUUGUUUAACGUU